GGUUCUUAGUUUUGCGUGCGUGAUUUCCUCGCUUUUCCGGUGUCGUGCGGUGCCGUUUGUUUUCUAACUCAUAGUUCUGCAUUUAAGUUGCAACAUUUUCCUAGGGCGCCGUUUGAAUGCGUACGGAAUUAGGAUGAAAGUGACGGUGAAAAGUUGGAUGGGAGUUUGUGCCUGGAAAUGGCUUGCGAACGAUGACAACUGCGGUAUUUGUCGUAUGGCUUUCGAGGGUUGCUGUCCGGAUUGUGCCCUGCCCGGCGACGACUGUCCACUCGUUUGGGGUGCCUGUUCCCAUUGCUUCCACAUGCACUGCAUCGUAAAGUGGCUCAACUCGCAGGCCAACCAGCAAUGUCCUAUGUGCCGACAGGCAUGGAAAUUCAACGACAAAUAGAGGGAUUGUGUGACAGACCGGAGCCUAGCCGCAUAGGUCAAAGCAGCCAUCUAAAAUACGAGCAGAACCAGAAUAUUAGAAUGUCGGAAAAUCGUUUACCGUACGAUGGCCAUACGGACUAGUUAGUAAAGAAAAAUGCAAACGCAACAGCAAAAGACACUCUUUAGUGGAAAACGAAAAAGAGAAACGUAUGGUUUUCAUGUCCGGGACAGUGUUCGUAUUAGAAUUAGGCAGUUCUAGCCCUUAAGGGUGACACCUAUCGUUGGCCAUAUAUAUUAUACAUAAUAAUUAGUGUUAGCAAACGGGCAAUACGCGUGCUAGCCAGUGUGCAACGGUGCCAAUUUGUGCGAGUGUUUGUGCUAGGAAAAAGUGCUAUUUUCUUCAAUUGGGAGCUAUACUUCACAUGCAGGAACUACCUAUCAGAGGGUUGUUAAGUUCCUAAUACUUUCAACGUGACCUAC